UGUCAGUUCAGUUUGACAAUAAUAAAACGUGUUUGUGAUUGAAACAGCGCAGUUGAAAAGAAUGUAAUAUUUAAAGAUUUUAAAUAAAUAAAACCAAGGAAAUUAAAUCCAUUUUUACAUACCGAAGAACAAGUAAUUAACGCAAAAUGGUUUCUAAGAAAAAGAAGAAGUAUUCCUCGGGAGAAGGAGCACAGUUUAUGACUAGGAAAGCUGCUCUGAAGAAACUACAGCUAUCCCUCAAAGAUUUCAGACGUAUUUGUAUAUUGAAAGGUAUUUAUCCGCGUGAACCACGUAAUCGUAAAAGGGCUCAGAAAGGCGCAGGCGGCAUCAAAACCCUAUAUCACACGAAGGACAUAAAGUUCUUACUGCACGAACCUAUAAUAUGGAAACUCCGAGAGUUAAAAGUAUACCAACAAAAGAUUCGUCGUGCAAGAGCUAUGAGAGAAUACAAAAAUAUGAAAAAGUACUUGCGAGACUACCCCGAAAUAAACAUAGAUCACAUUGUCAAGGAAAGAUAUCCUACAUUUGUAGAUGCCCUGCGUGACUUGGAUGACUGCCUGACAUUGUGCUUCUUAUUCAGUACUUUCCCUUCCCUGAAAAAGGUGCCUAGAGACCAGUCAAUGCUUUGCAGGAGACUGACAGUUGAGUUCAUGCAUGCUAUUAUUGCUGCAAAGGCACUGCGGAGAGUAUUUGUAUCAGUCAAAGGCUACUAUUAUCAAGUUGAACUUGAAGGACAAACCAUAACAUGGAUUGUACCACAUCACUUCUCAUUCCAGCCUCAAAACAAAGAUGAAGUUGACUUCAAAAUCAUGUCAACAUUUGUUGAAUUCUACACAAUGAUGCUUGGCUUUGUAAACUACAAACUGUAUCAUUCACUUAACCUAGUUUAUCCGCCUAAACUGACAGCUGCAUUCUCAGCUGACGACAAAGAGCUCAUUGAUGAGCAGGCUUAUGUAGCCGAGAGAAUAGCAGCCAUGAACUUGUCCUUGGCCAGGGUACCAGGUUCCAAUGAAGCUGAGGAGUUGCCAGAAAUGGACAUUUUUGAUACAGAGGAUAAUGAUCCACAGAAAAUGGAAGAAGCCAAACUUGAAGCUGAAAAAGUCAAGAAAUUGAAAACUAUGUUCAAAGGCCUCAAAUUCUUCAUCAACAGGGAAGUGCCUAGGGAGCCUCUAGUCUUCAUUAUCCGCUGCUUUGGUGGUGAAGUGUCAUGGGACAAAGACCACUUUGUUGGAGCUACGUUUGAUGAAACAGAUGAGAGCAUUGCAUACCAAAUUGUUGACAGGCCCAGUAUGGAUAAACAAUAUCUCUCACGAUAUUAUGUGCAACCCCAAUGGGUGUUCGACAGUGUCAAUGCUAGGACGCUGCUACCUAUCAACAAAUAUUUAAUGGGUGCUGUUCUGCCACCUCAUCUUUCACCAUUUGUUGAUAAAACUAAGGAUCAAGUUUACAUGCCUCCUGAAGAAAGGGCACUCAAUGACCCUAACUUCAAACCUCUCAAUGAGGAAUCAGGCAGUGACAUUGAAGAAGCCAGUGAUGAGGACAAGGAGGAAGAGGAACAGGAUUCCGAGGAAGAUGGUGAUGCUGAAGCAGCUCUAGCUAAACAGUAUCAGCAAGAAGUAGAAGAGGACUCUGACUCCGAUGAAGAUCAGGAUGAUGGUUUAGACCCUGAGAAAAAGAAGUUGGCUAAAGAAAAGAAAAAAGCGAUGGCAGUCACUGCUGGCGUGCCUCACAAGGAACACCCAUACCAGAAGGAAAUAGAAGACAAGCAAGCCUUUAGACUACGGGAGAAACUUGUCCGCAAGAAGCACAGGAACCUUUACAAGAGCAUGAAGGCUGGACAGGAGAAACGCAAGAAGGAAAUAUGGUUGCUAAGGAAAAAGAGACGUCUUCAUGACGAGAAAGUAAAAGAAGAGAAGAAAGCAGAAAAACGCAAACAGAGAAUGCAAGCGUUGGAAGCUUCCACAUAAACAACUAAUAAAACUACUUCAUAACUCAAACAAGAAAUAAAACAUCUUGAUAACUUAAACAAUAAAUAAAACAUAAUCGUUCAAAAUAA